CAGUUUACGAAAAGAGAGUGUCGAUUUACGGCACUGCAAACGUCACAACAUGCGUCACACACAUUGCUCAGCAGAAGAGCUGCUGCACGAAAUGUAUGGCUGCUACAGAUGUGUAGCCCGGGAUUAACCGACCAAACACGGACUGAUGGAAAACACACAACGUCAUGAAAGAGAUUGACACUGUGGGGGGUGAGAAAGAUGAAAAAUGUGAAGAAAAUGAAGAGGAGGCUCCAAUGAGGCGUAGUUUCUCGGUAGAGGACCUCCUCGAUGAGGUGGAGAAGAUUUGUUACGAUGCCUCGGGGACAUCCAAGGUGGAGAUGGUGGUGAGGCUGUGGAAGGAUGGCUUCACUGUAAAUGAUCAAGAGUUUCGCAGCUACUCUAUACCAGAGAACCAAGACUUCCUGGAUUCCAUCAAAAGGGGGGAGCUUCCGACGGAGUGGGAGAGCAGAGCGGAGGAGGAGGAGCUGGAGAUCAGCGUGGAGGAUCUGACGGAGGAAAAUUAUGUUCCCAGGAAGAGGGCCUUUCACCCCUUCAGCGGCCGAGGGUACCGACUGGGCAGCGUUGCACCCAGAGUAGUGGCCAGGUCACCAUCUGUGCAUGAGGAUGGAGAAUCUCCUCCUAUUCCCAUGGUAACACUAGACCACGCCCUUCCUGUCACCUCCCUGCAGAUCUGGUUGGCCGACGGCAGGAGACUGGUGCAGAGGUUUAACCUAUCGCAUCGGAUAACUGAUGUUCAAGAUUUCGUGGCACGCUGCCAGAGGAGCUGCCCACCGUUCGUCCUGACAACAUCAGUUCCUUUCCGGGAGCUCAGUGACAAAGAAUUGAGUCUAGAAGAGGCCGAUUUGUCCAACGCCGUCAUCGUCCAGAGACCCCUGGACACGCAGGCCCCGUUCGGACACUCCUGACUAAAAGGGCCCCCCCAUAACGCACUCAAAACACCGCUUACCCCUUCACUGACACCUCACCAUGACCCUGAUUGCAGUCUCAAGGCCUCCUAUAACUUAUAAUCCUUCUUUAUUCUGCAGUUUGUGCUGCAUUUGUUGUAUAUUAACCUCUAUGUGGGAUUAUCUACAGCCUAAUGGAGAUAUUGUUAGUUCUUCACAGGUGCUGAGGUGCUGUUGUCAAUGCUUACUUUGUCUUCUUCCUCUGGAGGAUGGUGUUUACCUGCCAACAGAUCUCCCAAAACCCCCAGACUCCAGAAAGGCAAACCAAUUGUGUCGCCCGUGCAGAUGGUCAACCAUGUGUUGUCCGUCUGCUGGUCCACCACAUGUAACCCUCCCUUCUUUCCUCACUUACAAACACACGUGCACAAUACCACCACCAGCUCCACCAACCAACUCUAAAGUCUUCCCAAACUGUGAUCACCAGUUUUUCUGCACUAUUUACAGUAAAAAAAUAAAUAAUAUAUAUAUAUAAGGGGCUGAUAUUUCAGCUUGUAUCUCUGAGUUUACAAUUAUACUUAACAAACAUGUGAUGUUUUGUUUGCACAUUAUUUAAAGAGAGAAAAGAUGGCAGCUUGUUAUUUGUGUUGGCCUGACUGUUGAGGUCCAAGAAUUGUUUUGCCAUUUUUUUUGUGAACAUUUGCCUUUGUUCUUAGGGGUGUGGAUAUUUAAUUCAGAAUGUAUAAUGUAUUGUUUUAUUUGACUGCAUCCUAUAAGACAUAUCAAAGUAAAAUAAAAAUCCUCAAAGUUCUGC